CUGGUUUGCACCAAGCCUUUUCUGACCCCAUGGGUGACGAGAAACGACCAACAUGAGCCGCAAGAUUCCCAAUAGCGCCAUUCCGCGUCGGCGCGACGAUGACCGCACCAUUACGAUUCGCAUCACCCAUCUCACCACUCUGCAGUCCCACGAGCGGCGAGUCAGCAUCAGGCGAGACGCCUCGGCCACGCUGAGAUGCCUUCUGGGCAGCAGUUUCGGGCCGAGCGGUCUAACCCAGGGCUCGAGAGGCCAGCUGUGGGGCAUAUGGCGCGCCCGCGAUGGGAGGAUGGUGACCGACGCGAAAGUGGUCGACUCGCUGUUGCCCGAGGACCACCUGUACAUAAGCUCAUCGUAUGACGGCAACUCGAAGGAGCAUGCGAGGCUGGUGCUGUGGGCGGUGCAUGAGGGGCAGCAGGAGGUCAUCCGCGCCUUCUUCGAGACCACCCAGGCCACCCUAACCCCCGCCCAGGUAGAGGCCUUCAUGCAGCCACUGGUCGGCGGCCGGCUGUCGCUGGUCUCCAUGUGUCUGCGGCACAUCCAGCGGCGGUUUGUGGCCAUGGUCCCGCGGCUUGGCGAGAUGGCCAACUCGGUCGACUGCCAGGUGGUGUGUGACGCCGCCAAGCUGAGCUUCGAGGUGGAGCCGCCACUCACUGCGUUAGUCUACUGGUUCAGCACUGUCAGACACAGUAAGGAAGGGGAAGGGACAGACAGAGAGGGAGAGGCUGAGAGAACGUACUGGUUGGUCUUUUAGCCGUGAAUGGAUCUCUGUCUCUGUCUAUGUCUUUCUCUGUGCGUGUGUGUGCGUGUCAGAGUCGCCGCUGCUUAGCAUGAUGGCCCACCGUGUGCGUGACGUAGCGCGUCUGCGGCUGUAUGCGGGCAGCUUCACCGAGGCGGCCGUCUCGGCGCUGCUCGAGAGCCCCGUCACUAACCGCAUCGACGCCCUGCAGCCCAUGACCCGACUCCUCUUCAACUGGGCGUCCAAGGGUCAGACACACCACACAUACGCACACACCACAAACAGGAUGGUCAAAUGCCACUCACUGUCUGUCUGCCUGGAUGACCCCCAGGCACCGUUGCCGAUCGCAAGUCGCGACUCGAGUUGGCGGCGAGCGCGUUGGAUCGGUUCGUGUCGCUGUCCAAGAAGCGCAUCAACCGCACCGAGAUCAAGCGCACCCUCUCCAAGAUCCGCGCCAGCCUGCUGCGGGGCGACCCCUCACCCUCACCCUCACCGCCACCCCCAACCAAACCGACACCCAUCAGCCGCUGGGUCAAGGUGGCGCCACCAGAGACACUGCCUGUAGACACCUCUCCAUCCCGCCCUGCUGGCCUUCCGUCGGUGUGUGAAGCGAUCGAGCCCCCACUGCCCGUCCUCGACGCCCGUGAGCGGAAGCGACCCCUCGUGGCGGCGCCCACACGUGCAUCUGCUGACGCACCGAUCGAGGGCACACCGCCCGGCCCCUUUGGUCGGGACGGCCGUGGGGGUGCGCGUCUGCGGCCGUCCAGCCAGAGUGCGCCGCCCAGCCCCCUCACCCACAAGAACGCAUCCGCCGUGUCGACGCCACUGCUGUCCAACCACAAGCAGCACGCCUCCACGCAGACACAGCCAAAGGCCACCACCACCGGCAGGACCACCGCCACCGCCACCACCACCACGGGCAGCAGCGCGACCAAGCCGCUUGUCCCGGCGAGAAAGAUGACCGUGUUGCGGCCUCAGCAGGGCACGGCGCCCUCCACACCGGCACGGCUCAAGGGGCUGCGGCAUCCCAUCACAGCGGAUCACCCCAUCGCUGCGUUCUCAUCCACACGGGAGGAUGGGCAGGCAAGGGGCGGUGUCGCCAGGGGUGGUGUUGGGAAAGGUGGUAGUGGCAGUGGUCGUGUUGGUGUUGGCGUGUCUCGUGGGGUCGGCAAGGCGUGGCGCAGUAGGGGUCGAAGGGCCCGUUUGGCGGCGGGCAGGUGCCCCGGGGGGCCGAUGUUCUGCCCAUCGAAUUUGCUGAGUGAGGGCAUCCGGCAGAGGCAGACCAAUCGCUACGCCUACCAGCCACUGGUGAGUCACGUGGAUGGACGGACGGAUGGGCGGGGGCAUCUCUGUUUCCUCAUCAUGGUGUCAUGUAUGCUGUGGUGCAGGUGCCGCUGUUGAGGUACUUCUCGGCUAAGGAGCUGCUGUGCUGGCUGCACAAGAGGUGGGAGCUCGUCAAACUCGCGGGCCCAGACAGCACCAAGGUGAAUAAGGAGGCCGGCGGCAUCGAUUCACUCUCGCGCGACAAAGCUCCUUUGUUUUCUGUGUAUGUGUUGUGCUGGUAUGGAUGGAUGGAUGUCAGCGUGUGUUGGUGUUCGCCACGGAGGAUCGCUGGCGUGAGGUGAUAGCCGCCGGGCCCAAGUUCGCCCGACCUGAGCAGCAGGUGAGACGAGCCGAGACGAGACGAGAUGUGAUGACCGCUUGUGCAUCAUGCUGCUGUGUGUCUGUGGAUGGAUGGAUGGAUGUAUGGAUCAAUCAGCCACGCGGGCGGAAGAUCUUUUACGGCCGCAUGCGUGACGUCGAGUGCGUGGCCCUCUUCGUCGCACACUGGCUCAUCAGACUUCCGCGAGCCGACGUAAGACAAUAUCACACCACUUCCACCCACUCUCCAGCCGACCCUGUCUCUCUUGUCUUCUCUCAGCGUCCCCACUGCCACAAGGGCCUGGAGAACGCCAUCCGUGAUUUCCUCAGCAAGUGCCGCACCAACCGGGUGUUCCGCCACCUGACCGCCCCCCUCUCCCUCCCGGACACGCAGCAGCGGCGCCUGAUGGAGCUGCGCCAGAUGAGCUGCAACCGGAGGCUGCGUCACGACCUGCCGCCUCUUGUGGAGGCGCAUGUCAACGACUACGGCCACCAUGGCUGCAAGUGUCUCGAGGAGGGGGCGGCGGCGGGGGCGGGGCGGGGAAGCCACGGUAGUGGAAUGGUAAUUGGGGGAUUGUGAAUUGGACCGAGGUCGGGCGGGUUGGAUGGCGCGUAGGCUGGCCCCCUCUUGUGUUAGCAUGGGAUGGAUGGCUGGAUGGAUGGAUGGAGCCAGUGAGCAGGUAGAAUAGAUCGGAUUGGCGGGGGACAGGGGGAGGAGGUCGGUGAGGGUGACGGGGAUGCGACGCAUUGUCCGAUCCACCCCCUGGCUUGAUUCUCUCUCUCUCUCUCUGAGAGUGCGUGUAUUGGUAUUGCGUCUAGCUCUGUAUGGAUGGUGGGUGGAGUGUGGCGUGGCGUGAGCCCGCCCAUCCACUCAUCUCUCUGCCUCCGACCGUUUUAAGCAGCUCAUUUGUCACACGGGUGACCGACCUGACACGACACACGUGUACCCGUUUUGUACAGACAUGCAGAAGGGACGUACAGCGCGCCUCGUCGGUUCGUCUAUCUGUCUGUCUGUCUGUCUGUCUGUCUGUCUGUCUGUGCACUGUGUAUAUAAAGACACACACAUUCCUAUUCCUCCCUCUGUAUACUUAUUCACUCACUGACUAUACUACGGUACGAUCAGUGCUGUGUGUAUGCGUGUGCAUGUGUGAGUGCAUGCGUGUGUGUGUGUGCGGGGUGACAUUUUGGAGAGGGGCAGGGUGGAGAGGGAGGGGGGAGAGACCACGAAUGGUGGAAACCACGAAUAAUAUGGAUUCAUUCAG